AGUUAUAAUUCAUAUAAAAGAAUAUGGAAGAAACCAACCUUGAGAAUUUACAAGCGAAUAAGUUACGAAAAUCAAAAUGCAUGGCUUCGCAUCUUCCAUCAUGGCCGUCGAGAUCUCCGACGAAUGGUGGAGGUGCCGCCGACGCAUACUGGAAAUACGCCCAAAGAAAUCCCCAUAUAACGUCUCACCCUCACGGCGAAAGGAAAUACGAUUACAACUUAGUGGAUCCCAUAGCGAGUUACUCCACAACAAAUUCCUACAAACCAUAUAAGCAAUUCAAAAGAAUUCAAACAAGCACUUUGCCGCCAAAAUAUGCCCAGCAAGUCUCCGAUCAAGCGUACCGUGAAGAAACGGGUAUAAAGAGCACAAGAAACAAACUCCUGGCAAACAACAUAGCGAUUGCUAGAAGAAAUCGUUAUAAGACCGAUCUGGAUGACGGUGACGAUUUAAAGUACGAGGAUGACGAUAUAGAAGUAUCAGCUGAUGAAAAUCCCGAAGAUGACGUGGUCGAACAAGGAGAUGAUGAUCGCGAAGAUAAUUACGUAUACACUGAAAAGGAUUACGAGGAACAAGAAGCUGACGAUGAGGUCGAUGAAGAGUCAGACACCUUACCUCAAAUGCACCGCCGGAUGCGAUGCAGAGUUCACGCGGAAUUACAACACCGAGCCCAACAGGAGGCUCGAAGACUUCAGCAACAACGUAUUCACAAAUUGCAACAAAAACAAAUGCAGCCACGCUGUCGUCAUACGAACAUGCACGAGACGUCAUACGGAGACGUUGCGGACUUGGCGUCGGAAGAAGAGGUCACGACGCCACCGACGCCACCGACGCCACCCUUAUCACCGCGUAAAUCUUCGAGACGGCCAUCGCUACUACAACAAACAAUACAAUCCCGUGCACAACCGAGGGAACAUACCGAUCGAUACAAAGUGAUAAAACCGACCUCACCGCAACCUCAGCAAAAUCGUAGAUCUCAUACAACAAGAGCAGACCUGGAAUCUUUCAGGGAAGCUGAACUGUUGAAUUCCCACCCAAAGAAAUGCUACGUUUGUGGCGAAUCGGCUAAUCCCGCUGCAUCCAAGAUGCCUUCUGGAAGGAAAACCGACUGCCGCUUGCAAGACAGCAGAGGCUUCACAGUCAAGGGGCCAGUUGGAGACGACGGCGAAGCAAGGGAAUUGAAUAUCUGCGGCCGUUGUGCGACGAGACACGAUAUGACGGAUUUCGGAUUAUCUUAUGAGGCAUCGCGAUCCCCAUUACCAUUGUAUUCAAUGAAACCACGAAGAUCGAGAAAUAUUAGAUCGCCCGAUUACGCGGCGCAGAUCGACGACGAACAAAACCUGGAUCAAAAUUCAUUUACGUACACACCUGGAUCAUCGAGGCAUUCCAGAGAUCACGGUACGGUUCUUCGGGAAAGAACUAGACACUCCCUUCAGACGGCUCGCGAUCCUUCGAGUACUCAUUACAAUCACUGAAGAUUAAACGCUCGUCUGCCAAGACGAUAAAAUCUCAUCGAGGAGAAAUCGGCAAAAAUUAAUCCAACGAUCGAGAAGAAGUUUCGUGAAGGAAUGAAAAACUUUGAAAAAAAAAAAAGCGAUCUUGAUUAACGUCGAUCGCGAUCCCAUAACGUGUAAUAUAUAUUUUUAUAUAAGUCUUAAAGUCACGCAAGUAUCAUAACGUGAGCACGUGUUGUAUCCGUUAAAAAUAAUAUCAAGAAAAAAAUGAUAACUUCAAAAUUAUCAUCGUGUACAUAAGGAAGAAGCCAAAAAUGCGCUACCGCACCCUUAUAUUUAUGAAUUGAAUUCUUUCUUCUUCUGUUUCUAUAUUAUUCAUCCAGACCUGUAACCAUGUUGCCAAUCAAAAGAAAAGAAAAGCUCGACAAGCAGUGAAACAUUCGUGGGAAUGUUAUGUGAAAAUUCAUUGUAUAUACGUGAUAACAGUAUACUUAUACAUAAUAUACAUACGCAUAGUUAUCGCAAAGAAUAAACUCUCGAGUCUGUACAUUGGACUGAUGAUUUACUCAUUUGAUAACCAAAA